CAAGCAGUAAUGAUAUAGAGAAUAUACCUUUUCACUCUGUUAGCCUAGCAAUACUGAACCUGUUGCUGCAUUAGACGAGUUGCAUUUUACUGGAUAGGGGAAGGAGGGCUGUCUGCUGUCUGGUAGGAGGGCUUUGUCUGUGCCUUUCUCUCUCUGUUUCUUUCUGUUUUUCUUUCUCUCUCCUCCCUCUCUCACUCGCUUGGUUGCUGUCUGUCUCUCUUUCUCUCUCUGCCCCCCUGUCCCUCCCUCUCUCUUGCUCUCUCUCUCUCUCUUCCCGUCUCUGUGGUUUGUAAGGUAGGUUGCAGUGUGUGUAUAUACACAACAUCAAGAGCAGGAAAAUGGACUCAUUAGGGAGGCAGGCAGUCAUUACCACUCACACUGUACUUCCAGGGAGACACCGAUUAUGAGAAGAGAAACUCAGCGCUGGGGAAGAAGGUAUGCAUAAAGAAGUGUUAUGAAUUGCCCAUUGAGACUCUGAAGGCCAAAGAGUACCAGAUAAAUUGCAAGUCUGUUGUGUCCCAUAGCAGACUGCCUGAAGUUACAUUUAGAGACUGAAAUCACUGCACCUUAAAAACAAAAGAUUGAGCUGCACUGUAUUCCUAAUCUUCUAUCAUCACUAACUGGAUAUUCCUCACAACACUGCUGGCUGUUCCUUGACCAUCAGUCUGUUGCCUGCCCCUUCUCGUUAGAUGCAGCCGCUCUCUGUUCCCUGCCCCAAUGAACAUCAGCACUAGGCCCAAGCCUUGGAGUGAUUUACCUGAAGAGUGACACCAUUGAUUUGGAAACUACUACUUCUCUGUUACUGGAAAACGCUAAACCUGGGAGACUAACAUCCCUCUUAGGCUUCAGAUGAGGAAACUGAAGCCCAGAGAGGUGAAGUGAGGUGCCCAAGGCCACACAGCAAGUUAGAGGCACAGCUAGUACCAUAGCUCAAGUCUCCUGACUCCCAGUCCAGUGCUCCUCCCAUUACUCCACGGGUCCUGUGUCUAAGCUUCCUGACAAAUGCUAGAACGGAAGAAACCCAAGACAGCUGAAAACCAGAAGGCAUCUGAGGAGAAUGAGAUUACUCAGCCGGGUGGAUCCAGCGCCAAGCCGGGCCUUCCCUGCCUGAACUUUGAAGCUGUUUUGUCUCCAGACCCAACCCUCAUCCACUCAACACAUUCACUGACACACUCUCACGCUCACACCGGGUCAUCUGAUUGUGACAUCAGUUGCAAGGGGAUGACCGAGCGCAUUCACAGCAUCAACCUUCACAACUUCAGCAAUUCCGUGCUCGAGACCCUCAACGAGCAGCGCAACCGUGGCCACUUCUGUGACGUGACGGUGCGCAUCCACGGGAGCAUGCUGCGGGCACACCGCUGCGUGCUGGCAGCCGGCAGCCCCUUCUUCCAGGACAAGCUGCUACUGGGCUACAGCGACAUUGAGAUCCCUUCGGUAGUGUCAGUGCAGUCAGUGCAAAAGCUCAUUGACUUCAUGUACAGCGGCGUGCUGAGAGUCUCGCAGUCAGAAGCUCUGCAGAUCCUCACAGCGGCCAGCAUCCUACAGAUCAAAACAGUCAUAGAUGAGUGCACACGCAUCGUGUCGCAGAAUGUGGGCGAUGUGUUCCCAGGCAUCCAGGACUCGGGCCAAGACACGCCACGGGGCACUCCUGAGUCAGGCACGUCAGGCCAGAGCAGUGACACGGAAUCAGGCUACCUGCAGAGCCACUCACAGCACAGUGUGGACAGAAUCUACUCCGCACUCUAUGCCUGCUCCAUGCAGAACGGCAGCGGCGAGCGCUCCUUCUACAGCGGUGCAGUGGUCAGCCACCAUGAGACAGCGCUGGGCCUGCCCCGCGACCACCACAUGGAAGACCCCAGCUGGAUCACACGCAUCCAUGAGCGCUCACAGCAGAUGGAGCGCUACCUGUCCACCACCCCUGAGACCACGCACUGCCGCAAGCAACCCCGGCCUGUGCGCAUCCAGACACUGGUGGGCAACAUCCACAUCAAGCAGGAGAUGGAGGACGAUUAUGACUACUAUGGGCAGCAAAGGGUGCAGAUCCUGGAGCGCAAUGAAUCCGAGGAGUGCACAGAAGACACCGACCAGGCUGAGGGUACCGAGAGUGAACCCAAAGGAGAAAGCUUCGACUCUGGUGUCAGCUCCUCCAUAGGCACCGAACCAGACUCAGUGGAACAGCAGUUUGGGCCAGGGGCGGCCCGGGAUGGCCAGGCAGAGCCCACCCAACCCGAGCAGGUCGCAGAAACCCCCGCUGAUGGCGGCCCACAGCCAAACCAGCUAGAAACAGGUGCCUCCUCUCCAGAGAGAAGCAAUGAGGUGGAGAUGGACAACAGGGUCAUCACUGUCAGCAACAGCUCAGAGAAAAGUGUCCUGCAACAGCCUUCAGUCAAUACGUCCAUCGGGCAGCCAUUGCCAAGUACCCAGCUCUACUUACGCCAGACAGAAACCCUCACCAGCAACCUGAGGAUGCCUCUGACCUUGACCAGCAACACACAGGUCAUUGGCACAGCGGGCAACACCUAUCUGCCGGCCCUCUUCACUACCCAGCCUGCAGGCAGUGGCCCUAAGCCUUUCCUCUUCAGCCUGCCACAGCCCCUGGCGGGCCAGCAGACCCAGUUUGUGACAGUGUCCCAACCUGGUCUGUCAACCUUUACUGCACAGCUGCCAGCGCCACAGCCCCUGGCCUCAUCUGCAGGCCACAGCACAGCCAGUGGGCAAGGCGAAAAAAAGCCUUAUGAGUGCACUCUCUGCAACAAGACUUUCACCGCCAAACAGAAUUACGUCAAGCACAUGUUCGUACACACAGGUGAGAAGCCCCACCAAUGCAGCAUCUGUUGGCGCUCUUUCUCCUUAAAGGAUUACCUUAUCAAGCACAUGGUGACACACACAGGAGUGAGAGCAUACCAGUGUAGUAUCUGCAACAAGCGCUUCACCCAGAAGAGCUCCCUCAAUGUGCAUAUGCGCCUCCACCGAGGGGAGAAGUCCUAUGAGUGCUACAUCUGCAAAAAGAAGUUCUCCCACAAGACCCUCUUGGAGCGACAUGUGGCCCUGCACAGUGCCAGCAACGGGACCCCUCCAGCGGGCACACCCCCAGGUGUCCGUGCUGGUCCCCCAGGCGUGGUGGCCUGCACAGAGGGGACCACUUACGUCUGCUCCGUCUGCCCAGCAAAGUUUGACCAAAUCGAGCAGUUCAACGACCACAUGAGGAUGCAUGUGUCUGACGGAUAAGUAGUAUCUUUCUCUCUUUCUUAUGAACAAAACAAAACAAACAAACAAACAAAAAGAAAUAAACAAACAAAAAAGCUAUGGCACUAGAAUUUAAGAAAUGUUUUGGUUUCGUUUUUACUUUCUGUUUUUGUUUUUGUUUCUUUUCAUUUUGUACUACAUGAAGAACUGUUUUUUGCCUGCUGGUACAUUACAUUUCCGGAGGCCGGGUGAAUAAUAGUUUUCCCAGUCUCCCUCGGAUGGUGGCCUUAAGGCCUGGUAGUACUUCAGGAGGUCCACUGGUUGGAUCUCUAGCUACUGGCCUCUAAAUACAACCCUUCUUUACAAAAAAAAAAUAAAAAAAUCUUUUAAAAAAGUAAAAAAAAAAAAAAAAAAAGAAAAGAAAAAAAUUUUUUCACUUGUGAAGAGCACUACAAAAUAUAUAACAAAAUCUAAAAGGCCUACUGUCUUUAAGUACACCGCUUGCAGUGUUUCAGUGGACAUUUUCACAAUUCUGGCCGCUUGGACUUUACAGUAACCAGUUAAAACUGUGGAAUAUCACUUCUGGUUGAAAACCCAGAGGAAAGGCCCUGCUGUUUUCCACCUACCACGUUGUCUGAUUUCAUAAAAGGGCUGUGGGGGUGGCAGGGGGAAGUGGGUUCAGGAGUGUGGGAAAGAUCGUGGAAUGGCAGCCUUCUCCCCCAGAUUCUGCCGUGUCCACACACCUGGCUCACCUCUUCCACAUCCCCCCUCUCAGCAGAAGCCAGGAAGACUUGGAGAAGCAACAAGCAACAGUGGCUAUCGUAUUUAUUCAGUGUCUUCGCUGAGCCUCAGCCUCAGCACAAUCAAGAGGGACUUUCAUGAAAGGCAGAAAUGCAGAUAAAACAAAGAUAUCAGAGAUUUGCACCUAUGUUUCUAGGUACAAGAGAAGGAUUAUUUCCAACAAUCUUUGCAAAAAAAAAAAAAAAAGAAAAAAGAAAAAGUGUCAGGAUAUAUUCUUGUGGAAGAGAAAAAGAAAGGAAUGGAGGGUGGGGGGAACAAUAAAAAGUUCUCGAGGCUUUUUUAAUUCAAAAUUUUAUAGAGGGGCAAAAGUGACGUUUACCAGAUAGAAUGCUGAUUUUUUUAAUAUAUUUACAACAGUAUUUGUGUAAAAAAAAAAACAAAAAAGUAAGAUUGUUAAAAGUAAUUUUGUUUUUCAUUUUGAUUUUGCAUACACUGCCACCAAUCCCUUCUCUUUUAUUUUAUUUCACACACAUAUAUAUAUAUUUUUUUGGUAAGUCAAGACUGUUAAGGUUAGCGAUACUGCUUCCAGAUAGAAAGAAUUAAAGGCAACUAAAGUUAUAUUUGAAAGAGAGGAAGGUUAUUUUCUUCAUAUUUUUUUUAUUUUUCUUAAUUUUUAUUAUUUUAAGUAUUGCCUGGGUUGAUGAGGGCCUCUGUAGCCCGCCCAUCCCUGCUGUAAUUUGAACUGCUGCUUUGUAUUUUGAUAUGUAGUUUUUUGACUUUUAGCAAGCUUAAGUUGCUCCACUGAAUAUUUUUUUUCACUGAUCCAUCUAGAAUUCUGUUCUCUUUCAUGGGAGGGACUUUAUCUUUUAGAAGCAGUUUUCUUGCUUCUCCAAUAUUUCAUUGAGCUCUUAUGAAUCUGGAGUUUCUGUUGACUGCUUUUUUCUUUGAUGAAACACUAGUAGUCUAGAUGUCUUGACAAAUGGGUUUUGUCUCUUUUGUGGUCAGCCAGGAGGAGGACUUCACAGAGCCCAUACCUCCUUCCCCCUUCAGAAUCUUACAAGCACCGCUAUGAGAAGCCUGUUACAAAAUAUGAUACGUUGAUGCCAAAAUUACUUUCUUCCUUUCUGAUGUCACCUUCUGACUCUUUCCACCAUGGCUACGAGGGCUAAAUAAGAAGAUAAUUCAUUAGAUGAGUUAUUAAUCUUUGCUUUUUGGAAAAGUCUUAGGGAAAUCAACCAUUUUCCUGAUGCCGACAUCCACCAUUCAAAAGACCACCAAUCUACUGCAUCUUUCCAGGUGCCACUCUCUCUUCCUAGUUGGGAUUUCUCUCCUCGGUCUAAUCAAGAUAUCAUCAUAGAGAUUUUUCCAUGGUAGAUUUUUCCAUGGUUUUCUAUAGAACUUUUUAAACCUAAUAAUACUCCCAAGUGAACAACAGGCAUAUUUUAACAUACUUAAAGGGAAAAGUCAAUCUUGAAACAAAGCAAAAACACUAAACUACAACUUUAAAAAGAAAGGGGAGGAUAUUUUAGAUUCAAAAUUACUCUACAUUUUAAUUUAAUUUUUCUUCUAAUUUUCCUGUGUUUUAUUUACAAAGUCCAUGCAGCACAUGAGGGGAAAUCUUCCAAGGCAAGCAACUCUAUAAUGACUAAAUUGGUUUUAUUCAUAUAUUUUAGACAUUUGUUUAACUUGGAUGUUUUCCAUAAGUUCUUUGUGAUGUUUAGUAGAAUUCGUGCAACUGGAAUAUUUGUGAGUUUGAUUUGUCCUACAGUAGAUAUUUUGCUAGAAGUUUUAAAGUAGACUUGGAUGGUAAACUGGCUACUGAGAAUCACCCAUUAUGAUUUCUAAGAGGAAUUCUACCAAGGACACUGUAUCUAAAACCGACCUGUAAAAGUCCAUGAGAAACGGCUUCAGAUAUAUGAAAAGUCCAUUUUUCUAUUGCCAAUUUUGCCUUUUAAAAUAUCAAUAUUGACUCUAAUAUUUCCAUUAGCCACCAAUAGAGGGAGCAUUAAUUAACUAUGCCAUGGAAUUGCUUGAUAUUUUGGAAAACAAGUCAUUCAACCCAUAAAAUAAAAGAUUAAAAUUGAAGGGAAAAAUUUUUAAAGGAAAAUGAUGUGAAAUCAUUCAGCAUCUUUCAAAUGAAAGAAGGCCAAAAGACACUUUAAAAUAUUUUCAAUUAUUUGACAGUAAUAGAUUUAAAAAGUGUCUUUAUGCUCACCUUAGUAGGCAGAAUCAUAAUAUCUCCAGAAAAGCUGAUUUUGAGUGCUGUUUGGGUCAUGUUUAGCUGACUGCUUCUCAAAUCUGGGGGAGACCCAUUUGCCUUAAUGCUAAUUUGCUGUUCUAAAAAAGGUAAGCAAGUGGGUUAAAAUCCACCUUUUGUUGUAGAGCAUGUAAAGAAAAAACUACAAGUGACUUGAAGCCCUAAUGUUCACUCUUUCCUGGUAAAGAAAGUAGCUCUUUAAAAAAAAUAUUGGGGGCCCCAAAAGAAUUGUUAGUGAGGUGAUUUAAUCACCACAAAAUGGACUGCCAGGUUUGGAUGGCAUGGACUUGUUCCCACUGUGUCUUUUCCUCCCAAACAUGCAGCCUAAAAUAAUUGACAAAUUGUUCUUUGAGAACAGGAGGAAACUAAAUUGGAUUGGGAAUUCUAUCCUGGGGGAGCAAAGAAGCUUCUGAGAGGCUAUUACUGUAUGUCUGGCCUCUAAAGAGCUGCUUUCCAGAUUGACCCACAUUUAGAAAAUAAACGAGUCUGUACCUAUUUCAAAAGAAUGUAGAUGCUUUCAGAUUGCUAACCCACAAUCACAAAUAAACCAUCACAAAUAUCUCAGGCAAUAGAAAAACAUAUUUGGCCUCAAGAUCAGAGAAUCAUUAUGGAUUCUUUAGUUUUUUUGUUUUUGUUUUUUUGUUUUUUAGUUUAAAUCCUAUAAUUUCUUACAUUUAGACCUUGAACCUAGAAUGCUAUCAGUACUAAAAGAAAAGAAAAUUCCUUUUAAUAGCCAGGAAAAAGAUAAGAUUGAAGCAGAUCUUCCAAAUUUAAGACCUCUUAAGAGGAGUACAGGGAACAAGAACUGGCAUGGAAAGAACUUUUUUUUUUUUUUAGAAAUUUAUAGUUUUGAAAAGAAUUUGCUGGACAAAAGAAAGGGAAAAAGUCCAAAGGGAGUGUUUAUCUCAAGACAUUAAGAUAUACUCUAUGAAAAAUAAAAUCUUCUCGCACCAAAAACAUUGGUAGUAUCUCAGUAUAGUGGGCAAUUUUUUUUCCUAUUAAAUACCAAUAUUUGUGCAUAAAAGACCCCCUAAGUAUAUAAAAUGUAACCCUAAAAAUGAAAUAAUUAUAACACAUGGGUUCUACAAUGGGGAAAGAUUGAAAAACAAGCCAGCACCCUCCCCCCAGAAAAAAUUGAAUUAUUUUUUACUAUAUAUUUUAAUUGAGUUGUAAACUUUCACUCCUUAUAAUACUUUUAUAGACCUCUCCCUUCCCGAGUUCCUAAUACUUUGAAUUUAUUUGUGUCACUGGAGUAUGCGCAGUGAAUUCCCAGCUCAUUCACAGGUGCAGACCAUUCACUUCUCCUAGCCACCUUAAGAGGUAACAGUAGCUCUUAGCCUUAGAAAGACUUGGGGUUUCUUUAUUAAGAAGUCACAGAGGUUUCAUUUGUAUCAUCAUAAUAUUCUAUAAGAACCAAGAAAACCUUUUCAAACCUAUGAACAGGGAGAAUUUGUGCAUUCUGAUAAUGAAAAACGAAGAGGCUUCCUCUGUGUUUGUGACACUUUAAGUUCUAACACCUUGCCCCACAAAUACUUCCAUCAUGCAAACACAUAAGCACUAUGUACCCUGCUCAUGCCACCAAAUCAGUGUUUUCUCUCAUCACACAAUCAAAAAUGAGGUGUGUCCCUUAUCAAAUCCCUCAGAUCCCCAGGAAAACAUAAUAAAGGCUCACAUUGCUUACUUGUAGAGAAAACUCGGUGAUGCUUCUAACACCUUUUGCCCUUAGGAAAGGGGGAAGUGAGGUAGAUCUGGCUGGGCAGAAUAGAUGUGCCCCUCCUGGAACAUUCCUCUGUUGUUUCUGAAGAUGUUAUUUGAUUAGUUGGGGCUGGGGGCAGGGGAUAUAUGACUCUGCAGAAAAGACAUCAGAUGGUGGCAUCAGACCUGCCUCUGAUAUAGCUAGUGUAUGCUGCAGACAGGGAACAAAAGGAAGGUGACAUGCAGAAGCAGACACAACCUGAGAUGCCCUGGGGACCGAGAACAGGAGGAGGCUCUUUCUGUUGUGACUUGAUUCUUAAAAGAAAUCUUCUAAAAGAAUUUAUUAAUUUAGUAAUGAGUUGAAGUCCAGGGUAAUGGAAGCUCUGGGGAAGAGAACAAAAGAAUUGCAAAAUAUAUUCAGAAUUUGACAAUACUAAACCAGGAAACAUCCAAUAGCAAAACUAGGAAAUUUGGCAAGAGGUACUUAGAGAAAUCUCUGGGUUUUUCCUUGGGUAGGGUCAACAGAGUUACUUUUGAGUGAUUUCUGACUCAAAAACUUCUUUACUCAUUAGAAAAGAACAUUAUUUAAAUAAUCAAUUUUGUUCCCCAGAAAAAAAGAAAUUAAAAAAUAAUAAUGAAAGGGAGAAAAAAAUAGAACACCAGAGACAGAACCAAGUGACAUAGUCACAAACAAAAGAGGGUGCACGAGAAUUUCAAUAGACCCCUUAAGACCACAGAGAAAGCAAAAUGACCCAGUGGCCCAGGUUCCCCCUCUCAGUCUUCAGUGAAUCAGAAAGCCUCGAAUGGACCCAGUCACGGGGCUUUCUGAAACUAGACAGCACUUCCCAAUGGGACCAUCACAACCUUUUUCUCCUUUACAUGUUUUUCUAAAGAAAAGUGUUGUUUCCUUAGGUACACAGAAAAUAGAUUACGUGGGGCAAACUUUCCAAAGCAAUCUCUGCCCAGUGCUCUAACUACAUAGGAGGACAGAAAGGGGGCACAAAAAAAGAGGCCUUUGGAGAGAAUAUAUAUUUUUUAUUUCCAAAGGCUUUCUGUAUAACAUUCUUAUUUCUGAUGCCAUUUAAACCCCUCCAAGAGGAAAGGUUGUGGUGACUUCGUGUUCCUGUAAACACAGCAUGUGGAAACUAUUAAUCCAAAGCAUCAUUUCUAGCACUGGGUAUCAAGAUGAUCAGCCUGACCACAAUACCCCAAAGAUUUUUAAGUCUCAGAAGACCUUUUUUUCCUCCUUGAACACUGAAUCCAUAGUAGUCAGAGGUGUAUAUGAGCAGAUCCCAGGAAGUGACAAUGAAACAGUAGUAUUUUUCCAUUCUUUUUAGGGCAAAUAGGUAGAAGCUGACUGCUGCAUAGCACUAGUUCUUUUCCAGAACUAAGUGUUUCCUCCUCACUGAAUGAGAGGUAAAAAUGCCCUGGGUCAAAACAAGAGAAAUCAUCUUUCCACACCACUGAAACAAUCUGUCAUUCCAGUAGCUUCUUUAGGCCCCACCUGUUGCUCCUUAGACGGAAUACUUUCAGACUGAAAUAUCUAAUCUGAAGUGACCUCAGUUAAGGUAUUUUCACAAGUAGCCACUUACAGUACAGAAUUAUUGCCUUAAGUCAGAACUCCCAGGGAAGAGGACAAAAGACACAGAAAUUGGAAGACUGUGAAGAAAUGGACAUUUCUUGCUUGUUAGUAGUUGCAUUAUGGCAAAAAUAAGCCCUCUUCAUGACUGAGGACUCUAGAAGCAGUGACUUCUUGGGAAGGCACCAAAGUUGUCCAGAGUUGGCCAUUCUCAGGAAGUGGCUGGUAUUUUCUCUCUACUCAUUUUCAUUGAUAGGUCUGGACUGAAUGUAAAACAAACAUCAUAUUGUUCAAUAGUGACUCCCAUAAAGCAUGAUCACAGGUCCCUGGGAUGCCGGUUUCAAAUAUUUUCUUAACAGGGAGAACAAUCCCAACAAAAAGCUUUCUUUUUGGUGUAUAUCUCUCAACUCUUUUUCCUUUGGGUUUUGGAGUGCAUCUGUUUUAUCUGGUGGUUCUUUGUAAGUGCAAACUCUGAACUUGCACAUCUUCAGUGACAGAGCAUAAUCUGCAGAUCAUGAACAAAAUCUAGCCACUAUCCUGAGAGUCUCAGCUUCUGGGAUAUCUGUUUGGGAUAUAAGAGUCCCUACUUAACCCUCUUCAGAUUCAGAGAUUCCUUGGUUCAGAAUGCCUCAAUGAGAGGCUGAUACACCUAAGACAGAAAAAAAAAAUUAACCCCAUUUUCAACAGGUACCCACAACAUCAUUGCAGUUUAUAUGUAGAUUCUAGUAAUGAAAGGGUCUUAACUCAUCCAGUGUGGCAGAGCUAUUGUCCAGAAUGUCUGUACAUCAUGCAUGUGCACAUGCAUGUGCAUAUGCAGUGUGAGGUGCUCUUAGUUCAAAACUAUUCCACAUUCAUAUUCUCUAGUGACAGCCAGAGAGAUUUUGGAAUUCCAGUUAGAAGUCAAAGGUCUAACAUAUCUCACAUACUCUCUUCUGCUCUAUUGCCUUAGUUGGGUACAUCAGUAUCUGUGAUGAGGCUUAAGGGCAUUCUGAAGGAGCCCAACCAUCAAUAAUUUCUACUUAGCCCUUUGAUGAGAAACUUGAAAAAAAAUGCUAUACUUCUAUUGGAUUUACUGAUGUGUGUGUGUGCAUGUGUGUGUUUGUUUAUAUUUAUUGUUGUCUGGGAGUGUGUGUGUACCUCUCAAAAGAAGCACACACAAGCAGAGGUCUUGGUACAUAGAUGCAGUUGUCCCUUCCCACUAUUGUGCCCAAAUUUGUGGCUCCCUUCCCAGGAAGUAGUCACCUGCCCACUCUUGCCUUUUGCAGUGUUCUGGAAUUGGAAGAAAUAAAAGUAGUUUGUUGACCCACAGAAAACCCACAGGGACAUGCUGUUUUCCUCCAGGAACAUAAGCACCCAACUGGGGAGCAGAACAGAGGGAGUAGCAAUGAGGGCACCUUACCAGGUCUCUUGGAGCAGGAGUCAGGCAGGCAAGGCCCAUGCAAACUUUGGCUUGAGCCAUCCAUGGCUCAGAGGCCUCCAUUUCUUUCUUUUCUGAAACCCAGUGUAUGCACACACUCACACACAAGAGCCCACAUGUGCAUUUUGACUCCCAGAUGAAACCUUCUUAAUGCUGCCUGCAUUUGCAGGAUCUUGUCAUCAUUCACAAACUGUCUCCUGAAACCAGUGUGGCCUUUGCCAAAGUCUUUCCAGGAGUGGGUUGUUUACCAUGUCUAGCAAACCAAUAGACUAUCAGGGGAAUAUUUGAGGGAAAUCUCUAAGAAUUGAUGGCUCUUGUCCAUCUCAAACAUUAAAGUAGAAUGUCACUCUAGUGUAAUAUACUGGAUAAAUGGACCUGGCUCUUGUAGCUGACUCUUAUGGCUUGGUGGUCUGGAAACAGUCAGAUUCAGUUUUUUGACUUCAUGCCCUCCUUUUACUAGAUGGUUUAUUGUUUUUUAUGACAUGUAGAUUAUUUUUACUUUACAGAUUUCAGAGGACAUUUUUCUUUCCUCUUCUAUUUUGGUGACUUCCCCCACCCCAUGAAGUAAGGCUACUUACAAUUGCAACUUUUUUGUUAUUAAAAAAUGUAUAUUGUCUUUCUAUAUCCAAAAGAAGUCUGUGACUGUAACCACAGGUAUUUCUUUUUACUGGAAAAAAAAUGAGUUUUGUUUUUGUUAUUGUUUUUAAUUAACAGUACUAGUGACUUUGUGGAAGAAUAUGAGUUACUAUUUAGGUAUGCUUACUUAAGUACAGUACACUACAUUGCAGUAUUUCUGAAACCUAGAAACAUACACACUAUAUAUAACAACUCUAUAUUGAAAUAUAUAUUACAUUAUAUUCAUUUUGACUUUUGAAUCUGCCUAUGAUCAUGAGUUGAUUGACAUAUUAUUUCUUUGCAUAUAUCACCCAUCACCAACCUGCUGCAGUUAAUCUGGUGCAUUUAAUAAUAAUCAUUACUGCUCUAGUUUGCUUUUUAUAUUAUCAGCUUCAGUAUUGUCUUUAGAGGAUUUUAGGAUUUUUUUAAAGCUCAGACUUAGCAAAAUGUAGGAAAGUGAAAACUUUUUUUUUUUUUUGUGUGUGGCUAAUGCAAAGAGGGUUCAUAUUCUAAGUGAUCUUGUUGAGCUGACCCUCUCAAUAUCUGAAGAACAAAAGUGCAUAUGAAUGUAUCUGUGAUUUUCCCCUCUAGGACUGUCAUUGUCUAUAUUUGCUUCUAAAAAUAUGACCAAGGGGCUGCACAACCUUCAAUAACCUGACCAAAUAACACAGGCUGCAUUUCAAAGGGCUGCUCUUGUGAGAAGCACAGGACAGGGAAAUGCCUAGUUGUCUCAGCUGUAUUUUCAAACAUUGAUUUUAAAUACCAGUUCCUUACUGACUACUUUCUGUUUUCAAUAUGCUUACAAUUAUUUUAACAAGUCUUCAACAUUUCCCUGGAGGUAGUUUGGCAAUAUAGUGUUCAUCUUCCCAGGAGAUUUCUUUUUAAACUAAAGCCAGACUUUGAGGAACUUUUUAUUGACAGAGGCUAAUACAGAGCUCAGAAAUAUAUAUCACAUUUUUCCAUCUUCAGAAUCCAUAAAAUAGUGGCUCUUGGGUAUCUGGUCCUCAGAAUCUCCUCUUGCCCAGUAAGAUGGGGAUUUGGUGCCUUUCCUCUUGAACAGGCCCAAGGAACUUUCAGAAGUCAGGCAUCCUGUCUUCCUGUAUAAGAAUUACUUUUAGAUAGUGUUUUGAGAUUAAAGAGUUCCUUCAGCUUCCCUAAGCUCUUCAACCCAAUGGCUGGGAAAUGUCAGAGUUGGAUCAGCUUUUCAUCUAUCUUGGGCUCAUGAGACCUGUCUAAUUCCUGCCAUUCUAUAUUCAGGACAAAACAAAACAGCUAUUCAUCAAACUCUUUCCUCAGACCAACAUUAAGGUUUCUCAGUGUGAGCAUACCAAUUCAUUUCUUCUGUCUUCCCUCAGAGAUUAUUUCUGAUCCCAUCCUAGCCUGCCAUACCUGACCAGCCAGUGUCUUCCCCUACCCUGCCCAAGCUCUCCCUAGUGUCCUGAAACGCAUUAAGGCACCACCCACUCUUAGUCUGCUUUGAAAGGGCGUACAUUGAGUCUAAGAGUGAAAUCAACAAUGUGUUCUUCAUUUUCAACUAAACACAUUUCUACUAGACAAAUAUGAUUAUGAAUUGACCAUUAGUGAAGCUGUUCAUUCUCCAGAGAGCACAUACUCUCCAAAUUGUAUCCAAUUUGUAUCACAUUAUAUUUCUCUUUCCUUUUCCUAACCUGCUUUAUUUUUUUUGUUUCUUUUUAAGACUACUAUGAAUUACCAUUUGUCUCAUCACUGACCCCUCAAAAACUCUAGUACUAAAUUCUGAUCCCUAACUGUUCAUUUCUCUUCCUUCCCCCUACCCAUUCUGAGUGUCCUUCUUGCAAUGAGUUCAUAAACUUGAAACUCGUAGGCAGAGUGAAACCUGUCUUCAUUUUAGCUCCAGAUUUUAAAAGUUGUCAAUAUUCUUUUGAGAGUGGGAGGACCUGAGUCACAGUUUUAAAUGUCAACUGUACUAGCUGAGAUCAUUAAUUCCUCUCACCUUCACAUCUGGCCAAAGAUAAAGAGAAAAGUAUUAUUGUGUUUCUUUUUAAUACCACAGUUUUCAAAUUCUUGAUAUGAGUAGACCAUCUCUGAGAGAGAAAAAUCACUAAUGUUGACUAUUUCAACCCCUGCUAAUACUUAGCCAAACAUCAUGUCUAUCAGAGACUAGAUUUACAGGAAUCUAAAGAAAGGGGUAACAUUUCAAAAUAACUUUGGUAACUGUUGAAGCUCUUCUCAAACAAGUAAAGCCACUUCUACCUAAAUGUAUUGCAGAAAAAAAUUAGGAAGAAUUUCUUUACUUAUUACCUUUUUGAAAAAACAAUUAUCAGUUAGCCUAGAAAUUUGAGUAGUAAUUUACUUAAGUAUGAAAAGAUCAAUAAAGAUUGUUAAGUGUAUUUUGCAACCAGAGGUGGCUUAAACAUACACUUAAUAUGUACUUAAAGAAAAUAUUAAUAAGGCUGGAUGGAUACUCUAAGGGUUGGUUGUACAGUAUAUACUGCCCAAUUCCGAAAUACUCAACCAUGUAAUUUUAUCAUUGUGCUAGAUCUCAUUCCAAUGAACUUUAACUGUUUGAUCUUCAGAUCAUUUUCCAGAAGACUGAUACCAUUCUGUGUAUAUCCCUUUCCAGAUGCUUUUAAUAUCUUCUUCACAGUAGCCCUUUAACAGUCUUCCCUUUUCAGUCUGAUGUCCUUGCCAUGGUACCACAUUGCCCCUCAGCUCAUACAAAGACAAAUCUUGUGACAGGUAGAGCAUUGCCUGGUUUUAAAUGUACAGGGCGUAUAGUUUCAGGUCUUGCUUGACCCACUAAUAAACAGAAUCAAGAUUUAAUAUGAUAAAUGUAUUCUUACUUGACUUUAGGCUUGACCCAGCUUUUGUCUUAAUCAAACUAAUUUGUAGUAUCAACUCACCAUAGAGAGCAAGGAAAUGAAUAGAAGGUCCAAAAGACCUCCUGAGGCAUGCAUCUAGCAAGAAAACAAUGUUUCUUAAAGCCAAUAUUGAAGUUGCUUAAAACUAUGCCUUUGAUUUGUCAUGUUCUUCUAACCAGUUUUAUCUCUUUUCUCUUCUUUUGUUCAUUCUGACUCCUAGUAUUGGUUUUUAAAAUGUUCUUUAUCUAAAAUACCCUUUACCCUUCUUUGCAGGCAUUGCUGUGUGAAGGAACAAAAGAUUCUUUUCUAAAUUCUUAACUAUUAUCAUGUAUAUGUGUAGUAGGAAGGGAUCUGGUCCUGAUCUAUCCCAUCUGGUCCAGUUAAGCCAGGUUGCCUUUUUGACAUUAUUCCUUCCAUCUUCCCAAGAAAACUUUCAACCCUGAGACCUGGGACUUCUCACCACAAACCCUGUGUUAGCCGAAGAUUAAUGUCUAAAUCCCUUUUAAUAUUCUAGAGCUCCAAGAUGUGAAUUUCAUAUUGUUUGUGAGCCUCCUAUUUUUCCAAGCUGACACCUGUCAGGAGCACCAACAGCCCUAACAUUAACUAAUGCAGCAAAAUAAUGGUCAGAAACACUAUAGUAUAUAGUGUUUGGGAGAUUAGGGAGGGAUUUUUUUUUUUUUUUUCCCCUUAAAAGGUUUGUUUUUCCCGGCCCCCCCCAAUGCCUUUCAGAAAGUCUGCAUCUCAUUUUACAGAUAUGUAGUUUUAGUAUUUGCAAAUAUAGCUUAGGAGAUUGAGACUGGUAGCAAACGAGUUUAUUUUCUGCACUGGACUUUAGGACAAGUGUGCACAGAUACAAUUCCUUCAAAGAAAGUGAAACAUGGUAAAGCAAAGGGAUAAUACUUCUACACAUUAAAACAGUUGUUUGCUAUCUCUAAACCUUGAUUUAAGCAUAAUUAUAUUUUUUUUAGAUUCUGAAACUGGAGGAAUGUGUAUUUUAGUAAAGUUUGUUUGUUGAUUUGUUUCUUUUCCUUUACCUUUUUCUUCUCAAGUUAGUGAAAAAUUUUGAUCCUUUAAUUUGGUACUGUCCAUGGGUAGUCUAAUGAAUCCCCACCACCACCAUAGUUAUUUUCCCCUUAGCAAAAAAGCCUUCCAUCUUACCAUCAAGGAAUUGUUCCUCCAUGAAAAAUCUUUGUUUUUCUAAUGGCACUUGAGAACUUUGAGGACAGAAAUUCUCUCUAUGCUUUGAGCAUAGAAUAGUUAAAAACUAUUUCUUCCUUGAGGAAGAAAUCCUUUUUGCCCAAACUAACAGGUUUCCCGCCAAAGAAUGAGAAUUGAUUGCAGAUGAAGGUCAUGCAUUUUAUACUACAAAUCCUUCUUGCCUUCUCAAAUCUUUUCUGGAAUAAGGAUAGAGAUAAAUUAAUUUAAUUCAGUUGCCCUGCAGAUGUUUCUUAUUAGCAACUAGUACAGAAUACCCAGCAAAGAAAAAGAAAGGGUGCUAAUAAAAUGUCAAACUUGGUUGAUCUAUAGAUUUUUAUAAUUAUAUGGAUUUCUUUUAUCUUAAUUCUAAGACUCUGUGUGUUCAUGAGGUCUGAAAUAGAAACUUCCAUUUCUCCAUUGCUUCUCAUCUCACCCACCACCCAGGCACUGGAGAUGGUCAUAAGAGGGAGAUUGUAACUGCAUCACUAGUACUUCACCUGUCCACAUCCCAUCAUCCCAGAAGAAGAAACAUUCAAGUGAGAAACUAUUUUUUUUUUAAAAAAAGGAAAUUUUAGUCUUCAUUUGAAUACAUACUGUUUUUCAACCCAGUUUACAAAUAGGCUGACAACAUUUUAAUAACCUGUUUAUUGUUCUAUAAUUUACAUUCUUGGCUCAAUCUUUAAAAUAGAGCAGAGACAAAGCAAAGAGAAGAAGCAGGACAGUGUGAUGGAAUCAAAUUCUAUACCAUCCUGGAUUGCUAAAGCCAGCUUUCAGGAUUACCAGAGGAACUUGUUGAAACUCUUCCUUGUCAUGGCUGCCUGUCAUGGUAUGAUGAGUUAGUAUAAUAACUACACUUAAUUGAUUCAAGACUUCUCUGAAUGCUUUUAAACUCAUCUAAAAAUUUUGUAGAAACCCUUGACUAUUCCUAUACCUAAUCUGCUUUCCAGGGUACAUGAGGAGCAUUCAGGAAGAUAACUGAAAAUAAUGGCUUAAAUUUGAAGUAAGAUUUUGCUAUAAACUGAAAUGUAUUUGGUGUAUUCUAGAAGAAUCUUUGCAAAACAAAGAUAGUUACUAUACUUUUGCUAUCCUUGGGACAAAUCUUGAUUUGGAAUCACCUGUAGAUUUGUCAUAGAAAAUUCUCAAAGGUAUUUGCAGCAGUUGAAUUUCUUCCUUAAGUCCCAUUGAUUUACACUUCAAUUUUCCUGAGGGAACUGUUAAGCUAUAAAUUAAGGGUAAUUUGCAUAUAUCUAAUUAAAAUUGGCAUUUGCACUAUUGUUGAAAGAGUCGUAUUUUCAGAGUACAUGAAAGGAAGGACUUUUAGUAAUCCUCAUCCUGUGUGGCAAACGAAGUUGAGAAGCUGAUGAUAGAGAAAAUCAGUGAUACUUUGCUGACCCCAGUAUGCCAUGCUCCUUUGUUUGUACAAUCUAUUCUAAACUGCACAACGAUUCACCUGAAACUCCCAGCACAUGUGUGGGUCUGAGUAGACAAGCAGGUUCACAUUCACAGAGUAGCAAUUCAGAUAAAGUGAAGAGACAGAGUCAAAGGCAAAACAUUUCUCCAGAAUCACACAUAUUGUCACAUCUCAAACUGAUUCUAGAUUCAUCUUAAGCAAGAAGUAAGCUCCUUAAGAAAUCCUACUAUGAAUGUUUUUUUUUUUUUUGUUAAAAAAUACAAGAAGUGAUACAAUACUAUAUCUUCGUUUUGGUGUAAUAAUUCUCUUUCAUAUUUAAUAGUUGUACUUUUUGCUUGAGUGUGUCAUUGAGCUAUUUGAACCAGUUUUCAAUCCAUUAUCCUGAGAGGGGACUUGAGAAUUUCUGUGUAUGUGUGUGUAUCUAUAUCUGUGUGUAGUCAGGGAAAAAAGUGAAUAGAAGGGGAAUUAAACAAGGGGAAAAGUGGUCAAUGUAGGAAAAUGAGCACUCCUAGUGCUCUCUGUGUUAGGUAAGGUGACUGUUGCCUAUAACCCUUGAAGAGGAGCUGAUUGCACUAUUCAAAAAUAAGAGCCCAGCAUUGUUAAAUUUAGCACCUGUUUUGGGAAACAGGAAAUUUUUGUCUUUUUCUGUACCCAUUUCCCUUAGUAUUGGAGCCAUUUGACAUGAUAUAAACCAUUAAAUAAAAACCACUACUGACCUUUGCAUUAAAUAGCUCUUUUCCUCUUCUAAAUAAUACCCUUGAUUUCAUUUGACUACUUCCCUUUAUUUUCUGGCUAUCAGCUUCAUGUUUUACAGAGUAAUACAUAGGUUCAUGCUAGUUGUUUCUCUCUUUUGAACUGAAAACAGGGACAACAAAAGAGAUGAUUCACAGAAGUGUAAGGUGAAGUCUGAAUUUCCCACUUUUGUAGCACUGAUAUCUUUUAGGAAGAGCUGUUUUGGGUUGAACUUUGAGUCCUUUUUUUUUUUUUGCACUAAGUAUGACUGACUGCACUGCACUGCACUACUGAAAUGUAUUUACUUGUGCUGGGAGAAAGUGUGUUAGGAAAGAAAGAGGAAAGGUAUAAAGUGAGAAACAUCGCAAAAAUGGAGGGUUAUUUCCAUGCUUGGUCUUAGGAGGAUUAGUGAGAAUCUGUGGAAUUUUGCCAACCCUUGUUCAAGCCUAGAAACUGCCACACUGAUAAAAACUUGUUUUCUGAUUGUAAAAAAGCUGGUUUGUACAGCAAACGGAGGGUGUUCAAGAAGAAAUUUACCCAAUGUUGUUUCCAGCUAAGCUUUUCAUUAAGAGUUGAGAUAGCAAGGAAGCUGGCCAGCUGAAUGUGGAAGUCUUCAUCACGAAGCCUUGGCUGGUGCAUGUUUCAGUGUGACAGAGGGCAGUGGUACCUGCUCCUUACAAUAAAUAAAUAAUCUUGUUCACAUUAGGAUAUCCUUUCACCCUAAGCAUACUUUUCCAUCCCUGGGUGAAACCUAGAUUAGGCUAACCAAAGAGGAAGGUCAUGCAUGUGGUAGAGUCCUUUAGGAUGACAGUAAGGGAACAGUGCAAUAAACACUGAGAACAGUGAGGUGAAAGGUUUAUUUUGAAACAAGCUAGGCCAACUUUAAUAUUGGAGAAAGGGUUGGAGGACUGAUCAGAACCAACCAUAUGCUCCAUCACAGACUAUCCUUAGUAAGAAGAGACCUUAACAGUGCCUAAAAGUUUAGCUUUGAGGUUUCCUUUUUUUCCUAACUUUUCUUUGUUGGAUUUAUUUUUAUUGGCUUUUUUAAUCUUAGAAGCAAUCAGUUUGACAGCUCUUUAGUAAUUCUUAAUAAAAGAAUCUUUCAUCACAGAAAAAGCAAUAGAUUGUGUGGGGAAUAAUGAUACAAGAGUGAAGAUGCUAAGGGACUCUUCCAGAACCCAGGGUGGCAGCUUUGGGAAUUUCUGGUUCUGGAAGAAAAGAUCACAACCUGUAUUGACAGCUAACAUUGAAUUUCUCUGAACACUAUCACAUGGGAAGGCAUCAAUUUUGAAAACUCUCAAUUGAGGCCUUUUUCCUAAAAUAACAACAUUGAUAUCUGUCUUUUUCUCUCUCCUUCUUACCUUCCGUCCAAGUCUACCAUUCCAAGUUAAAAAAAAAAUUUAAAGAAGUUGUUAGCCUUGCUGGAGAUCUUUCAGAACUAACAUUAGCAACCCCUUAAGAAUUCAAGGCAUUAUCUCAGUUUUAAAUAAGAAACUUUCAAUUCAGAGCCCUUAACAAAUACGUACUGGGUAAGCACUAAGAGGACAUGACUACACCAAACCAAAGCUAUGGAAAGAAAUAGUUGACCUUUUAAGAUAGACUCAUAUUAACUGUUCUAGGAUACUUCUCUUGAGGUUUUGGGGAAUAACUUCUUCCUUGAAUCUUGCAUACCCACUCCAGUUCUGUCACCAAAGAUUUUAAUCUCCAGAACCCAACCUUCUCUCUCACAGACAAAAGUACUACAGUAGGCUCAAGGGAUAGGCUUUUGGUGGUCAAGGGAUACUACUUUGGUUUUCCUUUCAUUCAUAGUGCUAUUAACAGGAGACCCUGUCACUGGAGGAGCUACUGAAUUGUCUUUAUGACUUAGGGUUUGGUGAGGGGUUUAAAAAAAUAGAAGAAAAAAAACAAGCUAGUACUUGACACUGUUCACUGUCUUUAGUAGUCAUGACCUGGAGACUGAUGGAGAGAAAGAAACUUCCAAGGAAGAGAGUGAACUUAAUCUUUGGAUCAUUAGUGAAACAUAAGGCAGCAUGUGCGUAUGUACAGGUCGAGGCUCUGCAUGGUCAGGGCCAAUAGUAGUGGCCAAUGAAUGCAAGUCUUGAAAAACCUGGGUCUAGGUUUUGGUGUGGUUGCUGGAGUGAUUGAAAUGCCCAAGCCCGUGGCAAGGAAAUGCUUGGAGGCUGAUCUGUUGUGAUAGUGCCUUUCUUGUCGUAGCAAGUACUAGAUUAAUAAUUUAUUCACUUAUGCUUUUCUGGACCAUUGCCCCCAGUCUUCUGAGGAGGUCUGAAGGGAUAGUAUCCAUUUAAGAUGAAGGGAUAGGAUAUUGCUCCUGGAAUGCUGUGAUUUGCUAAUAUUUGCACUAGAUUCUAAACUCUCCUUUAAACUGGAGCAACUGAAUGAGAGAAAAACCAAGGACAACUCAAAAGUUUAAAAAUACCAAAAGCAGUAUUUUCUGACUAAUGCCACUUCUCCCCUUCCUCUUCUCUUCUCCUUCCUCCUCCCUUUCGCCUUCUUCUCCUCAUCUUCUUUCUCUUUUCCUUCUCCUUCUACUGGAAGAAAACUUCACAUUUGUUGAUUACCAAGCUAAAUUCUUACCAAUUCUUUUCCUUCUUUUAUUUUUUUCCUGCAAUGCUCCAUCAGUGUGAAUCAACCACCAAUUAGAAUGAGUUAGUGUAAAGAGCCUUUGCCAUUACAACUUUGCUCAUCAAGUGCAGGCACCCAUGGCCAUCCCGUUCUUAGGAGGCCAGCAAGCAUGAAUAUUAUGUCAGCAGCUGAGCGGACACGUAUUUGGUCAGAAGACAUUGGGGCCUAUAACUCAUCCUAAAAGAUGCUCAUAAAGAAGGAAAACAAUGUGUCAAAGCAAACAGAUGAAGGUAGUGCCUAAGGUUUGGCCAUUUUCCCCCUCUGUGUUCUUUCCCAUCUUACCACAGUGCCCUCUCUAUCACACUUAGUUUCAUCUCAUAUGUAUUACCAGAAAAAUUCUUUGGUUCCUUGGUUUCUCUCUUUAUCAGUGGGCUGGGAACUCCUCCAAAAUUAAAAAGAAAUAGCAUUAGCAGCUCCCCAUGACCAGCCAGUUUCUCAAAUACUAUCCACCUGGUCUCAUUGAGCAGUGGAUAUCUCAGCUAAGAUGACUUGGAAGCUUUGACAGGCUCAACCACCUGUCUACUUUAUUUUCAUUUUGUUUUCAUUUCUAUUUGAAUUUUGAGUGAGGCUAUGGAAGGGUGGGAAUCAUGGGAAAGGUUUGGAGACUGCAAUUCUAGGGCAUAGCGUGUCAGGAGUUUAUAUUAUCCAAAAUAUAUCCUUCUAUACCUGUUUUUGGUUUAAUCUGUUGCCCUGAUUAUCAUUUCUACUACAUUUGUGGUUAUUUUUGUAAGAAUAGAGUCCAUUUGCUAUGUCUAUUUGAGUACUUUUUUUUUCUAUUUUCCCCACAUGGAUGCAGUACCAACCUGUUAAUGAAAUAUCUUUUUAUUAUAUUAUUAAUAUGUAAUUCUACUGUAGACCAAAAAUAUAAAAACAAAAUUUUUCAUUUUAAAGAUAUAAAUAACUAAUGAGUAAGAGAUUAAGGAUUGAAAGAAAAGACAGAAGAGCAGUGGUCAACUAUGUUGAGUUAGAAAUCUAAGAGUAGCCUUACCUAUUUUUUAAACAGUGCUUGCCAAUCAUACCAUAGUUGGGAGUAUAUUAUCUUGGCUUCUUCAUGCUUAUGUUCUAUAAUUUCUUGUUUGUUUGUCUGUUUUCUUUGAUGUAAUUGAGGUUGUACAUCAUGCUAUUUUUGGCAAUGCCUGAUUUUAUUAUAUUGUACUUUUAUCAAGUCAUUUCUUUUAGAAGAAUGAGGGGAAACAUUUUAUUUCUUCUUUAAUUUAAAAUUUGUUUAAUGCACUGGAAAUAAAAUUGGACACAUUUCACUGUUUAAAAAUCAGAAACAAAACAAAACAAAACCAUGAAGAAAAAACUAGCAAGCAAAUAAGCAACAGGGGGAAAGGUAUCAAAAAAAAUCUGUUCGUACUGAAUACGCAUAUGAACUGCAUCCCACAUGAAUGCAGUAAAUAUCAUCAAGAAAGAAAACCACAUAGUCUAAACUACAAUGCUAAAAAUAUUAAAGGAACCUGGGUUCAAUGGGAGUGGAGAAAAUAGGGCAUUCCUUUGCAAUCAGAAAUCUUGUCAUUGUUCCAGUUAAUACCUGAACAGAUUAAAUGUGGAAAAGAUUAUGAAGGAAAUAACCUCAGCCUUCCUCAUACCACUGAAGUUCUGAGUUACUUUUUAUCAUAAGCUUCAGCUCCAUUUUGAGAAGAAAACAACAACACACACACACACACACACACACAUACACAUACAAUGUGUGAUAAAGUAUUUUGUAUGUAUGUGUACCAUACACCUACGGACACACUUCAGUCCUUUGACUGCCUAUGCACUACCUCACACGUUUCUCUUUUGUGAGGAUUUUGCAGAGGAAGGUCCUGCAACAUGGGAGACCAUUAAUGACUCAUUGAGCAUUGAUAUAUGCUAAAGAUGUUCUUGAUCUAGCCUGAUCUUCUUCAGCGUUCCCCAAUACCAACAGGGCUAGAUAACCCAUAUGAGUGUGCCGUGGAAGGAAGGACAGAGAUAUUUCUCUUAAUCUACCAGCUACAUUAUUUGUUUAAUGUUUGCUGGGUUUUUCUGGGUUUUGUUUUGUUUUUGAAUAGGGGUGGGAGUGGAUGUAACUUCACAAUCUUAAUACAGUAAAUGUUUUGCAUCUUCCAUGUUUUAUGCAAAAACAGACAUUUAAAUCAAUAAAUAAUUGUGCCCUAGACUGAAAGUUAAUGUUUAGGAGAGGAAAAUAAUUGUUGGAAUUUUUUCUACAUUUUUUUGUGAAGAAUCUUUUUUGGAAAGGAAGGAUACAUAUUUUUGUUGUGUAAUAUUUUCUAUUUUUGAAUGCAUUUUAUUGGUACAAGACUGUUUUUUUGGUGAAGACAUUAUUUAAAAAAAAAAAAAGAAAAAAACUAAUCGAAAAGUUUGCCCUUAAGGAUAUGCUGCAGUUUUGAGGUUAAAAAAAAUAACUGAUUCAAGAUGCGUGUUAAAAGUUGGGAUUAUAUUGUUGUUUUUUGUAAUUGUUACAAGAAGAAGUUUGUACCCACUGCUGUUUAUUUUGUUUCAGAUGAGUAAGUAAAGGGAUUGUUCUUGUUUUAUUCUUUUUUUAGAGAAAAAAAAAAGCUAUUUAUGAAAUGUCAAAAACACUGGACUGUGAGUUUAAGUGUGGAAGCAUUUACCACCCUGUGUCUUCAACCAAUUAUGGGAAACCCCUUUUCUCUUCCCCUCCGCCUUAGCCUUGCCAAAUGAGAAAAAUAUAACAGCUCUCAGAUGAUCGAAGCCACCGAAGCCCUGCUUUAAUUUUUAUGGUUUGAAAAAGUUGGAAAACCAAAGUUAAAUUUGUUUCUGAAAUCCCACUGUCCAUAGCCCUUUUUUUGUAUGACACAGCCGCUUGGCUCUGCCUCUUCAUCUUGGAUCAUCGCCUUCUUAAGGACUGGGGCCAGCUCUGAUACAAAGAGAGGCAUAAAGGUGGUGAACCUGAGAGCUGAGGUCUCCGGAAGUAAAAUGUGAGUGGGACCUCAGCCUCAGGAGCAGCCACGCUGUCCCAUCCCCAGAUGAGGCUGCUGGAGAGCGCACUGCUAACCAGGCUCCUUCACCUUCUGCUUCUAAGACUCUCCUGUCACCAUGGCUCUCUAGAAUGGCUCUGCCUUUCUCACUAACCCACAUUCCAUGGAUGGGAGGGGGGCAAGGAUCCAAAUGAAAGAAGGGUGGGUGCUGUGAAAGCACCCCUGCCCAAGGGAGGCAAGGCAAGGGACCACUCAGCACAAGGGACCUUGCCGGCUUCCCCUUUGAUUCUGUAGAUUGUCCAUCCAUCUGCUCACUGUGAAGAUGAAGAGGCAGUGGGCCUUCGGUUGAACAAUAGCUUUUCCAUAUUUUUUCAACAUUGAAAAAAUAAUUUUUAAAAACUGUGAUAUUUUUUUAAAAAAUCAUUUGGCUGGAGGGAAGGGAAAAGGGAAACACCAAAAGCUGUAACAUGAUUAACUGGAGAUAUUUAACUGGGGCACUUUCUAGACCAAGACAAACAAAUUCCUUUCUGGACCCUAAAGCAGCCAAAUCUUGAGACUGUCAAUGACAGAAAGCUGAAGAGAGGCCUCCAUUUCCUCCUUUCUCCUUUCUUCUCUCUGUCUCAAAAUUCUCUCUUGUUCUCUUUUCCAACUUCCUUUGGACUACUGUCCCAAUGGCCCUCAGCCUCCCACUUCAUGUGUGCAAACACCCCUCCACAUGCGCACGCACACACACACACACGCACACGCACACACACACACACACACACACACACUUGCAAAAUACCAUUUUUCUUAAGGAUUGUGGGACCGAAUAAAAUCACGUGCCUUCAUUUUUUUCCUUUUAUAGUUAGAUGAACCUCUUUCUUUAUACAAUGUCUUUUUAAAUUUUUUUUUAAUAACAGAGAUUGAAGUGUUAGUGGAGGACUUGGGCAUCAUUUGAGAAGUCAUUUCUGUUUAGCACAUUAAACACAAACAUUUCAACCCUUUCACAACAUUCUUUGGACAUUUAGAGCAUCAAGUAAUCAGAUACCCGAUAGCCUAAAUCCAUUUGAUUUUAGAGCAAUUCCUGAAAUUUCUAUUUUAUAGACUUUAAUCUUAUCAAAAUGAGGCGAGCAAUGGCAGGCUGCCUUGUUCUCCCGACUUGGUGCUUUUGCUUGUGGUGGGGUGGGCAGGGGAGUGGGAGUGUGGGUAUGUUUAGACAAAGGGUGCAUUCCUAAGACCUUUGGUGCUGAAGGGCCUCAAGUUCCUUUCAGAGACUGUAUUCGACACACUUUAAGUACACACAAAUGAAUGGUAUCACAUGCAAUAUUUAAAUGGAGCAAUGGGAGAGGCUCUUUGAAAUGGGGUUUUGCAUCUUUUUGUGACAUUUUGAUUUCUCUGGUGCCUUAUUCCUACUUGAUGCUGGCACUCACAUACCCACAGGAAACUGACAGAGAAGUCAGCCUCGGGAGUGGGGACUAUGGGUGAUGCUAGAGCACGCGGGGGGCCACAAGGAGGUUGGUGUCAGUUGAUGGGGAAGAAGCUAAAAGGCCUUUCUUAGCUGAAGCCAACCAGGGACUGCACAAACCCAUUACAGUCAGAAUUCACAAUUCCAGCGUGCACACACAACACAUUCAUUCUUUCUCAUCUAAACUUUCCUUCCUUCUUCCUUUUCUAUCUCUACCUUCUCACAAAGGUGCUGCUGCUGCUGCUGCUGCUGCUACUAAGGUGCCCGAAGUCCAGAAUGCCCAGUAAUCACUCAGGCACAAGCCUGGCACUGCCACGUCAGCCCCUGGCAUGAACAAACCCAGGUUUCUCUUGCUUGGGGCUGAGAACUUUCAGAUUUUUCUCAUCAAAAAUGUUUUCCAAGGAAUCAGUGGAUUACAGUUAUUCUGCAUUGAAAAUGCACUUUAAAAAAAUAAAUAAAAGCUCCAGACUGUUUAAAAUAUACAGAGGGAGCAGGGGAAAAAUAACCAUGUGCUAGUGUCUGAACCCAGUUCAGUUUAUCUCCAGUUGAAACAGUAUACACUAUAUUAUGUAUAAAUGUAUACACAUUUUCUAUAUAUAUCCACAUAUAUAUAGUGUAUAUAUUAUACAUGUAUAGGUGUGUAUAUGUGCAUAUAUACACACAUGCACAUAACAAAAUCAGAUGCUCAUUACAAAUCCAGAUGCUCAUUACAAAACCAGAUGCUACACAAACAGCAGCAGAGGAAACAAGGUUGGACUCUUGCAACAGAUCACAAAAAAUAAAAACAGCUACUUGCAGUGACUUUGGUCAUUUCUGUAGGUUCAUAAGGAAUGGAUUGUAACAAAGAAAAAAGGAACAGUGUUAGUGAAAAAGGAAAAAUGGGCGAAACCAUCUUGAUCCAAUGGGAAUGCAGUAAUGUUCUAUACCAUUUCAUCAGUUAUUUCUUUUAGUCAUGUUGAUUUGAUUUCAGUUCUUGGCUAUUAAAAAACAAAGUUAUCAACUCAAGUGACCACAACCAACUGAACAAAACAACUACAGUCAAAGCCCUUUUCAGAGGAAGAUGUCAGAAAACUCAAAACCCUUGGCCUGGCUCAGAACUACCAUGUGCAAAUCAGUACUCUCUUAAUGUUUGAAAUAAAAACUGAAAAGAAAAAAAAAAACUUUUCGAAGCACCUUAAUGUGGCCAUCCAUUUGAGGAGUGGGUGCCACUUUUUUCUUUGAGCACCUUAUCGCCG